CCGAGCCGGAAGUGACGUCUGGGGCCGGGUGCGGACUGGCGCCUACGAACCGGAAGUGAGGGGAGAGGAGAGCUUUGUCGUCCAGAAGUGGCACAUCUGAAGGAGAAGCAGUUGAAUCUCCCUUUGCAGCCAUUGUUUCUCUGUUGCUUUGACUCAUUUAUCUUCCUUUCAUCCUAAACUUGACUUUUGGAAACUCAACUUUUAAUGUGUGUAAUGUUAAACUGAACAAGAGGAAGAUUCCACUCUUUCCUGUCCUUCCUGGAAACCAUUUUCGACUGGAUGCUGUUAACCUGUUCGUUGUGGAAGUUGGGAGAUCUUCAUUUUGCUUGAUGACUUGUGGCAUGCUCUUUGGUUACUCUUCCAAGUAAAAUUUCAUGCAAUAUGUCACUGAGUGGAUGGGUGCCUGAGAAGAAGACCCUUUAGACCUUGCAACUACUCCUGCCACUGGUCACCAUUGAUCUGCCACGUUCCAUGCUGAGUGUAUUGUGUUUUAAAGUGCUCAGGAAGAUGCAGAGACGACACAGCAGUAUCACUGACAGCCUUCCUCCUGAAAGAAGCCGGAGUCAAACUAUCACCUCUGAGACAAGUGUGGAUGAAAGUGGGGUCUUUGAAGGCCUCAAGACAGAGCCAUCUCCUCCUCAGCAGCUUUUCUCAGGACUGGGAGGCAUCCCAUCCGGAACGAUCACAGCCACCCCUUUCCAAUCCAGUUUGGUCUUGGGGUCGACGGCAGGAGGUGGGGAGGUGUUCAUUCAGAUGCCUGCUCCACGGGAGGAAGGGACCAGCCGUACGGAAGGAGGUCCUUACCACCACCGCCAGCAGCCCCAGCACUACCAUCACAGUCACCAGCGAGGGUCCUCCCUGCUGCACAUGGCCGGUGGUGACCGCCAUGGACAUACUGAGGAAGGCUUCGAGGAACAGCCUGGGACACCAGCCCCUGCCCUUUCAGAGCUAAAAGCUGUCAUCUCUUGGUUGCAGAAGGGGCUUCCUUUCAUCAUGAUUCUCUUGGCUAAAGUUUGUUUCCAGCACAAGCUUGGAAUUGCUCUGUGUAUUGGCAUGGCCAGCACAUUUGCAUAUGCAAACUCAACUCUCCGAGAACAAGUCUCCUUGAAGGAAAAGAGGUCAGUGCUGGUGGUGUUCUGGAUCCUGGUCUUCCUCGCUGGGAACACCCUAUACUUGCUGUAUACUUUCAGCUCCCAACAAUUGUACAACAGCCUCAUAUUCCUGAAACCCAACCUGGAGAAGCUGGAUUUCUUUGAUCUGAUGUGGAUUGUGGGGAUCUCCGACUUCGUACUCAAAUACCUCACCAUAGCCCUGAAGUGCUUCAUUGUCGCCUUGCCAAAAAUCAUAUUGGCUGUUAAAUCAAAGGGGAAAUUUUACCUGGUCAUUGAAGAGCUGAGCCAGCUCUUCCGUUCCCUGGUCCCCAUCCAGUUAUGGUACAAGUACAUCAUGGGGGAUGAUCCAUCUGGCAGUUAUUUCCUUGGAGGGAUUCUCCUGAUCAUGUACAGUCUCUGCAAAUCUUUUGACAUCUGUGGCCGUGUGGGAAGCAUCCGGAAGGCUUUGAAGUUCCUCUGCACCCCUCAGAGUUAUGGCGUCCGUGCAACUAACCAACAGUGCAGUGAGGCUGGUGACAUCUGUGCCAUCUGCCAGGCGGAGUUCAGAGAACCUCUGAUCCUCUUAUGCCAGCACAUCUUUUGUGAAGAAUGCCUCUGCCUUUGGUUUGACCGGGAAAAGACAUGCCCACUGUGCCGUUCUGUGGCUGUAGAAACUCUGCGAUGCUGGAAAGAUGGUACCACCUCUGCUCAUUUCCAGGUCUAUUGACUUCUAGGCUUUGCUAGGAUAUAGGAUAAAUCUAAAGAGACAUGUUGUUUGGGGAGUGAGGAGGUGGAAAGAAGUGAAGUGUUUGCCUACAUACUUGCUAGAAGUCAGUAUGGCUUCCCUUCUCCCUCACAUUAUGAAUUCAUUGAACCUGCCAUCACAAGAUGUGUCAAAGACCUUUAGCUUAGAUGGCUUUAGAAGGGAGAGGACUGAUCUCACAAUCAGUGGAUAGUGGUAAUGAUGGCUAAAGGGAACUGCCCUAUCAAGAGUGUGGAGUUACUUUUCAGAGUGCAACAUCCAGAGUCCUCCAGCCAUAGAAUCAUAGAGUUGGAAGGGACCACAAGGGCCAUCCAGUUCAACCCCCUGCCCAUGUUGUCAGAGGGUUCUAGAAACUGUAAUCCAGAAAUGUGACUCUGCCACUGAAUAUAUGAAUUGCUACAGAGCACAGAAGUAGCAUUUACACUCUGCUGGUGUGGAUCCCUGAAGCAAGCAUUUAUUUGGCCACUUUUGGAAAUAGGAUGGAUUAAAUAGACCUUGGGCUUGAUCUAACCAGGGCUUUUUGUAUCUCAAGAGAAACCUGUUUGCUGUUGCAUGUGCCCAUGUGAGUCUUUCAAUGAGUUGGUAAAAAGUUGCUCACAAACUGAUAGCUGGCCCCUGUCUUAGUGGUGCUUGUGUUGUCAUUGUAUUAAAUGUUAUGCCAUCAUCUGAGAAGACAGUAUUGUAUUUCCACCUUACUCAAUUUUAAACUUGUAUUUGAAUCAGAAUUGAUAUAACAUUGAGUUCCCAGGGUUGCUCCAACCUCUAAUUCAUGCUUGACGCUCACCCGUUUGAAUGGGAAGACCAGUGUAGUGUAUUGGACUGGUGCCAUGGAACCUACUGUGUGACAUUGGGGCAGUCAUUCUGCUGUAGCCUGUCCUACCUCAUAGAGGAUAAUGUGAGGAGAGCCAUGUAUGCCACUUUUGAGCUCACUGGAGGAGAGAUCGGGUAUAAAUAUAACAAAUAAAUAAAAUGAUACAAGCUCCCUCUAUGCGAAUUUCACAGCACAAAACCUAACUUUGGAUCUUUGAACUUUGUGACUGUGUGUUGUCCUCCACCCACCAUCUUGCCACUUCCUUCUCCUAUCCAAAUGUUAUGUUGGCCAUGUUCAAAUGAUUGUCCAAGACUGCUGGCAUGCUGUUGCCCUGUUUUCCUCCAAUCACAUGCUAGCUUCAGUGUGAAGGUUCUGCCAUAUACUAAGUCAGAGUUCCUUGUUACGUCCUGGUUUAUUUUAUUGGUAUGUUUAGCUGACAUAAAGCUAGACAUCCCUGUUUUGGAUGGCACAGGGAACUCUUGACUUCAUACAAACCAGUGUCUUUGUGUUGAAACCUGCAAGAGAGGAUUUCUUAACCACAAAACUUGGCCUUAUGAAAAUUUGAAUCAUAGUCUAAAAAUGUCCAUUAGCUAUUACAGUUGACCCUCUGUAUCCAUGGUUAUUUUAUCCACGGAUUCAACCAUCCAUGGCCUGCAAAUAUUCAAAAAUAUAAAUUCCAAAAGCAAACUUGCUUUUGCCAUUUUAUAUAAGGGACACCAUUUUACUAUGUCAUUGUAUUUAAUAGGACUUUGGAUUUUGGUAUCCGCGUGGGUCCUGGAGCCAAACCCCAGCGAAUACCAAGAGCCCACUGUAUUUAACUAAAACUAUUUCAUUCCAUCACACCUCCAUUCAUAGAAACAGAAGAAACGUAAUUCUGCAAAAACAUUUUAAAAUGCUUUAAAAUAAAACAUGAACAUUGUAAACAUUUGGACAAAAUAAAGAAAUUGCAUUGGUAACUGCAAUUUGUUCUUGGUACAGAAAGAAUUGGCUGUGCCUUGGCUGCUCCUAUUUUUUGUUGUGGUUGUUUUUCUUUUAUUUUGUCUUUUCAAAUGUAAAUGGCAAUAAAGCUUGCUUUAAAGGCUUA